AUGCCUCGUGGUGCGAAAAGCAAGCUCCAGGCCUCUGCGAAACGCCGCCAGGCCCGGGCUAAAAUUCAGACUUUGAAGUCUGAUCAGGUCAUUCCCACAGCUGGAAAGGAGGCCACUCCAACCUCCUCUCCCUCUCGUGAGGAUGUUUCUCAGAGCGGGUCUGCUGCUGGGUCAAAAAGCCCUUCCCGAGGCCGUCAGAGAAAACCAACCACCUCCACUAAUUCUCAGGGUCGGCAGGCUCUUGGGCCAGGUGGCAUCUCCCGGGGACAGCAGAGAACCCCAUCCCCCACCUCUAGUUCUGCAAGCACUUCUCCUGAGAGAGCCAAUGAAAGCACUAACACUCGGUAUCAGAAUAUGAGGUACUACUACUAUAACAUGCCAGGGCCCGAGGUUAUCAUGCGGAAGGCCUGCUUGCUGGAGCAGUUCAUGCUGUACAAGUAUAAGAUGAAGCAGACCAUCAAAAAGGAAGACAUGUUGAAGGUGAUCAACCCAGUACUCCAAGACCACUUUGCUGAGAUCCUUAAGAAAGCCGCUGAGCGCAUCGAGAUGGUGUUUGCCAUGGAGGUGAGGGAAGUCUUUUCGGAGAAUCAUGCCUAUGAGCUUGUCAGCAAGUUGAAGCUCCCCAACAAUGGGAGAGUGCGUGCUGGCAGGGGGCUACCCAAGACCGGUCUCCUGAUGAAUAUCCUGGGUAUGAUCUUCAUGAAGGGCAACUGCGCCAAGGAGGAAGACAUCUGGAAAUUCCUGGCUAUGAUGCACGUGUAUGCUGGGAGGAAGCACUUCAUGUAUGGCGAGCCCAGGAAGCUAAUCACCAAAGAUUUGGUGAGGCUGAAGUAUCUGGAGUACCGCCAGGUGGCCAACAGUGAUCCCCCACGCUUUGAGUUCCUGUGGGGCCCAAAAGCCCACGCUGAAACCAGCAAGAUGCAGGUCCUGAAGUUUUUGUCCAAGGUCAACGACACCACCCCUGAUACUUUCCGAGCCCUUUAUGAAGAAGCUCUGAGAGAUGAGAAAGAGAAGAAGUAG